CAUAUGAGCACGGAUCUAGGCAAUGGAAAGAGCAUGCCGGCAUGAACAGGAAAACUGUCUUCACCAGUCCAGGUUCAUAUUACUUUAAGUAUUGUUGUUGAUUAAAGGAUACAAUGCAUCACAAAGUGAUAAUUAUUACUGGACUGUUCUUCCUGUGCCCGCAGAGCAGAUUGGUUGUUUGUGUCGGAUCGAAGCAAGUACGUAUAGGACCUUGUUACAUAUAUUUCGCUGCACAGACAUUUUGCCUGUAGUGGAUUCCGGAACCAUUCAGAAGUACAGCGUCUUCAGCUGGAGUUGCAGUAUAAUAACGCCGGUGUUAGAAAGUCACGGUCAAAAUUGCGUUGCUGUUUUCCGAACGCGGAAGACGCGUAGAUCGCCUUUAUAUGCCGUAAUAUAUACUCAUCGCGCGAACGCUCGCAUUUCGUUUACAAACAGUGUGUGACCUUUCGGUAAAAUUUUUCCUGAAGGUUUGGAUUCUACCGCGCGCAAGAUAUUUAGAAGUAAAUCCGUAAAAAUGGCCGCAGAAACGGUCAGCAAGAAUUCGUCCUUAACGGACGGUGAGCCAUUGUUCGACGAGCUUUACGAAGAAAUCUUUAUAAACAGCAACUACAAAGGGACAAUUUUAACCAUAACCGUCCUCAUGGUUGGACUGACUGCCAACUUUACCUUUUUAUGGUCAUUAUUUGUGAAUACGAAUCCAAGGUCACGAUUGCGACCUUUUUUAGUAAAUUUGGCCAUCGCUGAUUUGAUCAUCUGCAUUUUUACGUUGGGCCUGGAACUGGGAUGGCGAUUGACGGUUGUGUGGAUUGCCGGCGAUGUGACAUGCCGGAUGCUGAAAUUUAUGGACACGCUGGGCCUUUAUUUGGAAGCUUUUAUUGUGGUAACCAUGUCAGUGGACCGGUGUUACGUAGUGCUUUGGCCGCUAAGGAUUCGCGAUCAAGCCAAGCGCACAAAAAUGCUGGUCAUCGGAGCUUGGAUUGCAGCUGUGCUGUUUAGCUUUCCUCAGGUAAUCGUUUUCCAUGUUGAGUCCCAUCAUGAAAUACGGGAGUUCACGCAAUGCGUAUCAAUCAACUCCUUCUCGUCGCCAGCAGGGGAAAAAGCCUACGUCCUAUUUGGGAUCCUGUCGUUGUACGCGAUCCCGCUGGUCGUUAUCGUUUCAGUUAAUGUCGUGUUACUCCUGGCGCUACAUUCGUUUCAUAAGUGUCAAACCGGAAGUCAGGCAAAUUGCGGUACAAAUGAUUGUGCAAGUAGCGGCGCAUUUCACGCUCCCAAGCCGGAAUAUGUACACGUGAUCGAGAAAACCGGCAACACACGAUCGUUUACCUCGCCAAUGUCCUCCGCGUUCGAGCGAGAUUCAGAGUUUUCCCCUUAUUCUGAAUCAUCGUCUAAGGUUAACUGCCCUGCAAUUAAGCCGUUGCGUGUGCGCAUUAAUACUGGCAUGCAGUUAUGCCACACCAACACGUCCAUCAGGAAACAAGCCCGACUACGAACGUUUAAAUUGUCACUUUUAAUUCUGAUGGCAUUCGUCCUGUGCAACACACCUUAUGCGGUGAUGAUUUGUCAUGCAUUUAUGAAUCUUCACCAAGAUCUUGACCAAAAUGAAGCUGACCCACAUCUCUUCCAACAAACGGAUGCGUUGCUGAUGUGGUCAUUAAGUUUUAGCACGAUAAUGAACCCUUUUCUUUAUGGAUUCUAUAUACUUUUGUCUCGUAAGCGUUGUCGAAACAUCAUGCAAUGUUUGUGUAAACGAAAAAUCGAGUCAUAGUUCUUCCCAUUGAUGACCGCGAUUCCCGUGAGGCCGUGACCACCGAUGCCGGCAGAUCUGAAGAUUAACGGAUUCGACAGUGCGUAAAAAUAGCGCUCUCUUCGCACCUUAACGACUUUGUGGAUAAUACGUAUUGAGUUAAUUUACGAUUAAUAAUCUCAGCUUUGUUGCUGACGUUUGCCGAUCACGUUGGCACUAAUUAGAAGCUACUUACUUCCUGCUUGUAAACCGUAAUAUUAUAUAAACUCUA